AUGCCUGAAGUCUACACAACAGACCACUCAGCCUCAGUGCUCCGCACCCACAGCUGGCGUACAGUGUCCAACUCAGCACCGCACCUACUGCCACAUCUGAAGUUGAACCAAAAGAUCCUGGAUGUAGGCUGUGGCCCAGGCUCGAUCAGCAUUUCGAUAGCCAAACAUGUACCCGCAGGCCAUGUGACGGGCGUGGAAUACGUGGCCGAUCCACUAGAGGGCGCUCGCGAACUAGCGAAAGCGGAAGGCGUCACCAACAUCACAUUCCAAGAAGGCAACAUCCACGCACUUCCAUUUGAAGACAAUACAUUUGAUAUUGUCCAUGCACAUCAGGUGCUGCAGCAUAUCAAAGAUCCAGUCCAUGCGCUGGCUGAGAUGAGGCGUGUGUCCAAAAAAGGCGGAAUCGUUGCAUGUCGCGAGUCAGCGGAGAUGAACUGGUAUCCCGAUUCGGUGGGGAUUGCGAAAUGGCGGGAAAUUGCAGAGCGGAUGCAGAGUGCCAAGGGCGGCAAUCCGCAUCCUGGGCGGAUGAUUCAUGUCUGGGCGCGAGAGGCGGGUUUCUCGGACGUGAAGAGAACUGCUGGGGCUUGGUGCUUUGGGGAUGACGAGGAGAGGGCUUACUGGGGCGGGUCUAUGGAAGAACGAGCACAAUCCUCCGGGUUCGCCAAGGUCGUGGUUGAAGAGGGGUUUGGGGAACCGGAGGAUCUGGAAUUGAUCGCACGGGGGUGGAGGGCGUUUGCGGAGAAUCCGGAUGCUUGGUUUGGACUGUUGCAUGGGGAGAUCAUUUGCCGGAAGUGA